AUGAGUGAAGAACAGCAGCUCCAGCUUCUUCAUUUCAUGGAAAUCACGGGCGAGAAGGACGAGAACAUGGCCCGGGCCGUCCUCGAGUCGAUGAACUUUGACAUGGAGCGCGCCGUGGAGCAGCACCUCUCCAGCAAUGCAGACAUGGACGACGUGCACAUCAUCGAGCAGCCGCGCGAGCCGCGCCGGCCCACGCCCGAGAUCAUCGACGUCGAGACAGAAGCCGUCAUCCCGGAGCUGGCCCCGCGCCGCCCGGCACCAUUUCAUCAAGCCACCCACAUAGUCGAGCAGCCGUCUUCGUCGGCCGGGCCAAGCCGGAACACCCGCCAGCAGCGCAACGGCCACGACCGCGUGCUGCGCCCGUCGACGAGGCAGAGGCCGGCCGCUCGUUUCGCUCAAGGAAUCGACGACGAUGACGAUGAUUUCGAGCAAAUGGACUACGAUGACGACGUCGGGGCGGACAACGGCACCAACGGCAUCCCGCUGAUCCCGAGCGACUAUGGCGACAUCCACGAGGCCAUCAACAAUUUUGUGACCGUGUUUGAUGCUAGGUAUCGGAACGGCGGCAUCUCGGCCAAGUCGGCGCCGAACUUCUUCCACGGCGCCCUCCAGGACGCCGUGCAACAGGCGUUCGAUCCGGUUGGAGGCGGCGUGCAAGAGCGUCGCCCGCUCGCCCUCUACCUGCACCACGACCGCAGCGUCGCCGCCAACAUUUUCCCGCAAAUCCUCAUGUCGGAUGCCGUCUCCAGCCUCCUGCGCGGCCAAUACGUCCUGUGGCCCUGGGACAUCACCCACCCAGAUCACAAGAACCAGCUACGUGACUGGAUGUCGAUCGGUUCGAUGGACGAGGUGCGCCAGGUGUUCGAAUUCCGCACCCGGAACCGCGAUCUCUUCCCGAUGCUCCUGCUCAUCAUCAAGGAGAAGGGCACGCUCAAGGUCGCCGAGUACAUAUCCGGAACGGAUGCGAAAGAAGUGGCCGUGCAAAAACUGAUGACCGUCCUCGACGCCUACAACCAAAUUCGACUGAACUCAAUGGCCGACGAGGCGGCACGCAUCGAACGGGGUCGCCUACUAGAAGAGCAACGCCAAGAAUACGAGGCCUCCCUGGCGGCUGACCGCGCCCGUGACGAGGCUCGCCAACGUGCCAUUCGUGAACAGCAAGAAGCUGAGGAGAAGCGCAUGCAAGAAGAAGUCGAGGAGGAGAAUCGCCGGAAGCACGUGGAGCAGCUGCUGCCCGCCGAGCCCGCCGAAACGGAGGCCAACCUGAUGCACAUCAAGAUGCGAUGCCCGGGCGGAGAGCAGCUGAUGCGCCGCUUCCGACGCGCAGAGACCCUGGAGAUGCUGCUCAACUACCUCGACACCAAGGGCUACCACACCGACAAGUACAAGUUCUUCAACUCGGAUUUCCCGAAGAAGGAUAUCACCACCUUGGACAAGAAGUCGACGUUCAACGACCUGAAGUGGCCGGCCCGCGAGCAGAUCUUCGUCGAAGAACUC